UUGUCAUGGUGUUUUGGUUAUGGUUAUGGUGUUGCGGUGGUGUUGCGGCGCCCUUGGACAGCGGUACUAGUUCACCGUAACUGCGGUUUGUUCGUGCUGUGCAAAAAAACCGCGAAUUUGAGUCUACGGGCGUACAGAUACAUAUAAACGUUUAUUUUAUAGUGUGGAGGCUAUGACAAAUGCCAUGACUAAUCAAAUUCACUUGCGAGUAGAGUUCGGAGGCGGCGCGGAGCUCCUUUUCGGGAAUCAGAAAAAGCACGACGUUGCCGUACGUAGCGGGCACGAGAAAUGCACCUUAUCCGAUUUAAUAAUGUGGUUGAAGACAAACCUCCUAAGAGGAAAAGAAGAGCUGUUUGUUCAAGGAAACACUGUGCGGCCAGGAAUUCUCGUCUUGGUGAAUGACACAGAUUGGGAGCUCCUGGGUGGACUUGACUGUGAAGUCAAACCAAAUGACACUGUGCUUUUUAUAUCAACACUGCAUGGUGGAUAAGAAGUUACAGGUGAGGAGAGAGGAGUGGACAACAACCCCGUGGAGAGAGCAGCAGAUCAAUGGCAAAGCACGAUGGAGUCUUGUGGUGGACACAGCCACCUCCUCCUUGUGCACUUGUUUCUGAGGGGAAGACUACUGAGGGGAGUGGCAAAUAUUAAUACGAAAAAAAUGCACUUUCUGAAGAAACCAAAAUGGCAGCACUUGGUUGCUGUGUUGGGAAGGUAUUGCAGCUUG